CUCUGUUCAGUAUGUUUGCUAAUUCGAUUUAUGUUGUGGCUAUAUGGGGAAUAGUGUUGGUGUAUAGCAGUCAUGCAGAUGAAUGCAGUUAUCCAUAUCGAAGAAUUGGCAAGAGCUGUUACCUUAUAAAUACACAAAAAGUGACAGCAGAUACUGCCUUUGCGAUAUGCUUCAGACAUGGUGCAUACAUGGCCAAUUUUGAGACUUUAGAAGAAUUGAUGUUAAUGAAAUAUGAAUUGAAGAAGAUGAAUACUGGUCACCAUUUCUACAUUGGUGGACGUAACGUUAACAGAUAUAUGUCUGGCGGCGAUUGGAGAUGGAUUAAGCAUGGAAAGAUGACCAAAAUGGCAUACUUUGCUUUCGAUUCUUCAGAACCAAAUGGAUCGUUUUCUGCACCAGAAGAUUGUUUACUUUUCCAUGGUGGUCGUGGUUAUGUAUUCCAUAAUUCCUGCUGCGACUGUUACGCUGCAGGUUUUAUCUGCGAAAAAUAAUUUUACUUACUCCAAUAAAUGAAUGUCACGUG